AUGGAAGAGCGAUCCCGCAUUCCCGUCGGCCCACCCGUCAACAACCCCCUCCCAUCAUAUUGGCACAAUCCCAAAUCCCCCCUCGCCAAUGUCAUUGAGCCAGAAACAGACGAGCCCGUCAAACCGUAUGAUUACGCUAUCAUUGGCUCCGGAAUCUCCGGUACGAUGAUUGCAUACAACCUCCUACUCCAGCAUCCAAAUGCACGUGUUGUCAUGAUCGAAGCACGUGAGAUAUGUUCAGGUGCCACGGGUCGCAAUGGAGGCCAUACAAAAGCAGCAAGCUAUAGGAGUUAUAUGCAGCAUGUGACGGAGUUGGGUAAAGAAGAAGCGCUCAAGAUUGCGAGGCUGGAGCACGAGAAUAUUCUGCAGACGCAUUUGUUAGCGCAGAAGCUGGGGAUCGAGUGUGAAAGUCAACUGUGUGAUACAGUGGAUGUGGUAUAUGAUCAGGAGACGUUUGAAUUCGGUAAAACUGCGAUACAAGCACUGAGAGAGGAUGCAGAGCCUGAAGAGAAAGCAAGAGGUGGCAUGGCUUGGUACGAGAUCCAUGAGAAGGGUGACGGUGAAGAAGAAAGAUGCUUCGUUGCCACAGCAAUUACAAAUCCAGCAGUAAAAGAAACCGAGAGUCUCGCUGGCACAUUCCGCUAUCUCGCAGGUCGUGUGCAUGCAUACCGCUUUACAACCGGUAUCCUACAACACUGCGUCCAACGCGGUCUACAGCUCUGCGCAAACACCCCAGUCCAUGCCAUCAAGCGCUCACACCAUCUACCCACCAGCGCCAAAACCUCAUGGGACAUCUUCACACAAUACAAUACCAUCACCUCUACAAACUUCAUCCUCGCCACAAACGGAUACACCCCUUACCUCCUCCCCGACCUUCAAGGCUCCAUCGUCCCCAUGCGCGGCCAAAUCACUGCACAAAAACCAGGCAUGAAAACAAAGCUACCAUCCCCCUUGCAAACAACAUACUCCUUCAUCUAUAAAACCGGCUACGAAUACAUGAUCCCCCGCCCCCUUGCCACAGGCGACCAACACAUCAUCAUCGGCGGGGGCCUGGGCCGGCUCCUCCACACCGGCGCAACUGAAUACGGGACCGUGGACGACAGCCGCCUAAACCCCCAACUAUCAUCGUACCUGCACCACAGCCUCCCAGGCUACUUUGGCGCAGAUACGUGGGGCGAGGUAGACGCGCGCGAGGCCGACAACCGCGUGGUGCAAGAGUGGACGGGGAUUAUGGGUGCUACAGCUGAUGGACGACCGUUUGUUGGACCUGUGCCCGGGAAGCUGGGGAUGUGGGUGGCUGCGGGGUUCAAUGGGCAUGGUAUGGUGCUUUGUUUGAAGGCUGCGGAGGCGCUGGUGGGGAUGGUUGGGGUGGGUGGGGUGCUGGGUAGGCCCGGGUGGUUUCCGGAGAGCUUUUUGAUUACGGGGAAGAGGGUUGCGAAGGCUGGAUUUCAGGGGAGGGUGGAUAUGGUGGGGAGGGGGGAUUAG